GCGGCUCACCAAUCAGAUCUAAAUACGUAGAAUGGUAGAAGCGCGCGGGAGUUCAACAGCGAGUCAUUGUGGAUUAUUCGUAUUUUUAUACGGUCCAUGGGAUUAUUGCAGUUGUGUGCUGCAGUUUUUCGCGCCUCUGUGUCAGACGGAUCAUAAAAAUAGGAGUUGUAAAAUGCCUUUAACUACAGAAAUCAAUGCUUCUCCCAGUUACGACGGAAAAGAGCACUGUGGGGUUAGUUGUCCAACUGAGAAAAGUUUGUUUUCUUUAUUUUGCGACGAACGAGGCUAUUUGAAUCAGGUUGAAUACAUUCUGCAGCACGGUUCAAAAAAAGGAGAUCGCACAGGAACAGGGGUCAUUUCGGUAUUUGGCUCACAGGCACGAUACAGUCUCAGGGAUCAAUUUCCUUUGCUGACAACGAAGAGGGUUUUCUGGAAAGCAAUCGUAGAAGAACUGUUGUGGUUUAUUAAAGGGUCAACAAAUUCCAAAGAGCUGUCGGAGAAAGGUGUGAAAAUUUGGGAUGCAAAUGGAUCCCGUGAUUUUUUGGACAAGAGUGGAUUUACUAACCGGGAGGAAGGGGACUUGGGCCCUGUUUACGGUUUCCAGUGGAGACACUUUGGUGCUGAAUACAAAGACAUGCACUCAGAUUACACCAGACAAGGAGUAGACCAACUGCAGAAGAUCAUUGAUACCAUAAAAACCAACCCUGAGGACAGGAGGAUCAUUAUGUGCGCUUGGAAUCCAAAAGACCUGCCCCUGAUGGCCCUGCCCCCCUGCCACGCCCUGUGCCAGUUCUAUGUGUGUGAUGGGGAGCUGUCCUGCCAGCUGUACCAGCGGUCCGGAGACAUGGGGUUAGGUGUGCCCUUCAACAUCGCCAGCUAUGCCCUGCUCACGUACAUGAUCGCCCACAUCACUGGGCUGAAGCCUGGUGACUUUGUGCACACUCUGGGAGACGCUCACAUUUACACCAACCACAUCGAGCCUCUGAAAGUCCAGCUCCAGAGGGAGCCCCGGCCCUUUCCCAAGCUGAAGAUCCUACGCACUGUGGAGAGCAUUGAUGAUUUCCAGGCUGAAGAUUUUGAAAUCUGCGACUACAAUCCUCAUCCCACUAUUAAAAUGCAAAUGGCAGUUUAAGCAUAUCCAAGAAUAUGAAUGGGCUGUGUGCAUACUUGCCACAUUCGUUUGCUUUUUAGGUAUCAAUGAGUAAAACCUAGGAAGAAAUGUUUAUUACUGUAAGUAUUGUUUGUAAAUUGUUAAUUUGUUUCUUAAUUAAAUAUUUUCUGAUGCAAAAUUA